CCGCAAGCUCCCAUGGACUUCCUUGCAUGCGUCUUUCCCCAGGCGCCUCGCUGUCCACAGAGUGUGCAAGCUGCUUUCUGGAAAGUCCCGCAAAGCAGUCAGGCGUUCUUCAAUCGUCGUCGCCAGUCUGCGUUCUUCAAAAUCUCCAUACUUUCUGCGUUUUCUCCCUUUGUCUUCCCGCUUCUGCAUCUGUUGAGCUCUCGGUCGGGGACGGAGGACGAGGCAAGUUCUCCUGCGCAUGUGCGGCGGCCUCUUCCUUACCACUUGGUACUUGAGAGUCUCUUUUCGAUUUCUCUCCUUUCCAGGAGGGAGAGCGGACAUGCAGUUUAUCUGACGCAGAAGCUUUUUCGCAGUUUUAGCGCGUCUCCUCUUCCUCCUCUUCGCCGGGUGUGGAGGCGCCUGGCAUUCGCUGAAAACUCCCAUCUGCCUCGUUCUCUCCUCCGCGAACACAAGAGGAAUGGACCUCGAGUUGACGAGGGAGAGCACUGAGAGAGAAGAGAGAGAAAGAAGCGACAGAAAAGAGAAAACGAAGCGGGACCAGCGCGACGUUUCGUGCUCAAUAAGGAAGGACUGGGAGAGAGAGAAUAUGAACUGCACAGAGCUGAAGAAAGAGCAGACGAGGAACUGAGAAAAGAGACUUUUGGAAGGCAUCCAGGAGAAAGGGAGCGCGAUGCCACGAUAGAAAAACGCGAAAGAAGCAGAAAAGCAGCCACAGAGGAGAAGAGACAAGGGGAACGACGCCAGCAGAAGUUUCGCCCACUGCCAGACGCCUGAGGUUUCUGCACUUUUACGAGGAUAAUACCGCAUUUCGAGGGCGCUUCUUUCUCCACGACGGUUCGUUCCCCAAACGAAACGAACUGUCUGUGAAAAGCCUUUGCACGGCCAGCCGCCUUCUACCGCCUCGAAGGAAAAAAGAGAAAAACGGACGUCGGUCUCUUGGCCAAAACUGGGAGAGACCGGCGGUCGCGCUUGGCAUCCGCCGCGGAGUGUGGCGAGCGAUGCGCAGACUGCUCGGUGAUCUCCAAGACGUUUCAAACGCUGAACUCGAGCUCCAGAAGUCCGCCUGCUCAUCGCCGCUCUUCUCUCUCUCGACAGCCUUCGGAGCUCUUCAUCUCCGUCCUCCUUACCGUCGCGCCUUCGUCUCGCUCUUCGUUUUCUCUUUGCGCAGCUUGCUUCGACUUCUCCCGCUUUGUCUGAGGCACAAUGUCGGCGGUUCUCCUCGUCAGGUGCGUGAAGCAGGGAACCUGGUCGUCUCCGAGAAGCUCUGCAGCUCAACGUUUUUCUCGGCGACUUUUCUCCACUGCUUCUGCCUCGCGCCAAAGCGAAGACGCGCCGUCGCUGCCCCCUCAAACGACCCGAGGACUUCUCCACGCUGGACGCCGUCACCGCCUGCUCCAGCGUUUCUGUGCCGCGUCGUUCAUGCCCUCAGCUCCUCGAGAAGACGGCUCAGAUCUGCCUCCCUUCAGCGUCUGUGCUCGGCGACUCUCUCGGAGUCCGGCCCACCCCUCUGAAAAGGCCGCACACUCUUCUCGAUCCUCGACUUCUUCUUCCUCUUCUUCGACCGCUUCUUCAUCUCCUGCUUCUUCCUCCUUCCCUGCUUCGGCCGCUUCGUUUCAAGGGACUGCGUCGUUUCAGGCGCGCGAGGAGCAGCGCAGACAGGCACUGAAGUCCUUCAUUUCUCGCUUAGAUGACCUCUUCAAUCUGCCUCACCAGCAGUGGCUGCCGCUGCACUCCGGUGCGCCUCUGGGUGCGAAGCGAGAGGCCGCCAGGCGGCACGGCGACUCUGGGCGAUUCGCCAAGUCGCGCGAAAAACGCCUGCGGCCGGAGGCGCUGUCUCCAGAGUCGCCUGCAGAGGCAGAGGCUGUGGAGUCACCGAAUGGACGCGAUCGUCUCUCUCCGACCAACGGUCGAGACGACGCGCUGAGUGCUCAGGAGGCGUUCCUCGCCGCAUGCAGACUGGCGAGCACGCGCGGCGACUUCCAGUGGUGCCUGCAGGGACUCAACCUUCUCGUCAACUUCGGUCGACUCCGCCCCGACUGGGAACUCUCGGAUCGACUCAUGGCGCUCUCCCUCCACUGCCGCAGACCUGAACAAGCGGAGCAGCUGCUCAGUGCAUUUCCGCACUUCCUCGCCUGCCCACCGUCGCCGGUUCUUCUCUUCACCCUCAUCGACGAAGCACUGGCAGCAGGCAGGCCUCAAGACGUCCGUAGAAUUUUCGCGACGAUGCGCGAGCAGUGGCAGCUGGCCCUUCGCCCGGCUUUCUACGUCGCGGCCAUUCGCGCGAUGCUUCUUCUCCCGACGUCUGCAGACCAAAGUCUCAAAGAGGCGCAACUGGUUGCAGAAGACGCCGCAGCGCUGGGGGUUCCCUUGCCUCCUGUGGCUCACCAGCUGCUGGUUGAACGCGCGUUGACUCUCUUCGAGGAGCGCCUGCGGCAAGCAGAUUUGCCUGGCGACUCGGGAGACAGCGUCGCUGCUUCGGCCGAAGAACCGCAGUCGGAACACCAGGGAGGAGACGAGACAGACAGCGCUCGCGCCGGCGCUUGCUACACCACGGAAGAGUUGCUCAACCUGGCACAAGAGUCGCACAAUCGCCUGCUGGUCGACCAGGCAAGAGACGCGGUGCGUCGUCACAUCUCCGGUUCGUCUUCUCUCGCCGAUUUCUCCGCCUCCCUCACGUUCCCCCCGGCCCAGCGGAUCCCCAGAGCUGAGGUCUCUGAACUCUUCCUCUGGAACCGGGCGCCGAACGCGCAUCUUCUUGCGCAAGCUGCUUGGCUGCAGUGGGCGGCUGAGCGGUUCGCGGAGAGGCACAACGCGGACGCAGAACACGGUGGAAGCGAGCGCCAAGCAGACGGAGAGAAGGCCGACGACAAACCAGGCGCGAGGCGACGGCGGAGGGCGCAGUCGGGAGGGAAGCUUGCUUCCUGGAUUCAGUUGCUUCAGCAAUCGUGCUCGGCGAGUCUUCAAGAGCUGGCCGGCGGUAUCGACAGGGGCAGCUCACUCCAUCGGGGCCUGCCUCCGGCCCUCUUGGCGGCGUUGAUACGGUCAAGUGACGCGUCUCCUCUGGCGUUUCCUGUCCUUCCAGAAGACGGACAGAAAAGAGAAAUCGUUCUGAGAAAAAGGAACGUUCUCUUGAAGGAGAGGCGCGAGGCAGCCCAGGCGCUUCGUGCGCUCCAGCAUUCUGCCUUCGCAGACAAACUGCCUCCGGUUCAUGUCCUCUCUGCCCUUCUUCGCUCGGGCGCCGACGUCGGGAGCGCUUCCUCUUGAAGAAGCAGGAGCAAGGCUCGGACUCCUUCGCGGAGUGUGUUUAGGAGCAAAACAUCACGCCGUCGACACAAGAGAAGAAACGAGAAAACGCUGGCGUAUCUGGACAGCCGAAGAACCUCCUCGAAUCGCUCUGUCUGCGUCACGGCGCCCGUCCUCGAAGGACACCAUACGAAGGAAACCUCGUUAGCGAGUGCUGUCGUUCUAAGCAUGAAAGCGUCCGUGGAAGCAUGUCACUCAACAGAUGGUCUUUCUUUUUGUCCAGCCACGCAACCAAAGACCUCAAACUUUGCGUUUUCUUCUACGCUCUCCACUUGCUGUGGCGAAAAACCAUUCAAUCUAAACCUGUCGCGCCGGCCGGCGAAGAACGUUUUCCAAGCUGCCGCGAAUAUGGGCAGAACCAGUGGUGCUGAAGUCGAGACCCUCGUCGUGUGCUGAUCCUACUCGCUUCUACGGUGUCUGUACACCGGGCAACGCUGAAACGGCCUUACCUCAAACCUCUCUCUUUAGCG